UUUUUUCCUUCCUUAGAAGGCUCUGCCGCGGUGCAAAGCCACCCCUCUGACCCUCUCUGCGGAGGUCUUUCUGACAGUGUGGCGCUGGGAGCUGGAGUUCGGGCCCGCAGCCGAGGCCUGUUUUCCCUGGGGCGAGCGAGCCCGGAGGGUAGGGAGAAAGGGGACCGGAGGUUACAGAGUACCGCCUUUCUGGUUCUCCUGCGCACCCUGAUGACGUUACGCGGCGAUGUUCUUUGACGUCAAAGGUUCCGGCCCACCAUCUUUGUCCCUGGCAAAUAGGGUUUUGCGCAGUGGCUUAGACCUAGAGAAAGAAUCGUGACGGGCAGGAAACCAUUACAACACCACCCGGGCUGUGCUCGCCGGCUGCCGCCGCCACCCCCACCCUUACCUCCGGUGCACAUUAAAGAUCCAAAAUCAUGACUGACUCCAAGUACUUUACAACUAAUAAAAAGGGAGAAAUCUUUGAAUUAAAAGCUGAACUCAACAAUGAAAAGAAAGAAAAGAGGAAGGAGGCUGUGAAGAAAGUGAUUGCUGCUAUGACUGUGGGGAAGGAUGUUAGCUCUCUCUUUCCAGAUGUAGUGAACUGUAUGCAGACCGACAAUCUGGAACUGAAGAAACUCGUAUAUCUCUACUUGAUGAACUAUGCCAAGAGUCAGCCAGACAUGGCCAUCAUGGCUGUCAACAGCUUUGUGAAGGACUGUGAAGAUCCCAAUCCUUUGAUUCGGGCCUUGGCAGUUAGGACCAUGGGGUGCAUCCGGGUGGACAAAAUUACAGAAUAUCUCUGUGAGCCCCUGCGCAAGUGCUUGAAGGACGAAGACCCCUAUGUUCGGAAAACAGCAGCAGUCUGUGUGGCAAAACUCCAUGAUAUCAAUGCCCAAAUGGUGGAAGAUCAGGGAUUUCUGGAUUCUCUACGGGAUCUCAUAGCAGAUUCAAAUCCUAUGGUGGUGGCUAAUGCUGUGGCAGCAUUAUCUGAAAUCAGUGAGUCUCACCCAAACAGCAACUUACUUGAUCUGAACCCACAGAACAUUAAUAAGCUGCUGACAGCUCUGAAUGAGUGCACAGAAUGGGGCCAGAUUUUCAUCCUGGACUGCCUGUCUAAUUACAACCCCAAAGAUGACCGGGAAGCUCAGAGCAUCUGUGAGCGGGUAACCCCCCGGCUGUCCCAUGCCAACUCAGCAGUGGUGCUUUCAGCGGUGAAAGUCCUAAUGAAGUUUCUAGAGUUGUUACCCAAGGACUCUGACUACUAUAAUAUGCUACUGAAGAAGUUAGCUCCUCCACUUGUCACUUUGCUGUCUGGGGAGCCAGAAGUGCAGUAUGUCGCCCUGAGGAACAUCAACCUAAUUGUCCAGAAAAGGCCUGAAAUCUUGAAGCAGGAAAUAAAAGUCUUCUUUGUGAAGUAUAAUGAUCCCAUCUAUGUUAAACUAGAGAAAUUGGACAUCAUGAUUCGUCUGGCAUCCCAAGCCAACAUUGCUCAGGUUCUGGCAGAACUGAAAGAAUAUGCCACUGAGGUGGAUGUGGACUUUGUUCGCAAAGCUGUCCGGGCCAUUGGACGAUGUGCCAUCAAGGUGGAGCAAUCUGCCGAGCGCUGCGUAAGCACAUUGCUUGAUCUAAUCCAGACCAAAGUAAAUUAUGUGGUCCAAGAGGCGAUUGUUGUCAUAAGGGACAUCUUCCGCAAAUACCCCAACAAGUAUGAAAGUAUCAUUGCCACUCUCUGUGAAAACUUAGACUCACUGGAUGAGCCAGAUGCUCGAGCAGCUAUGAUAUGGAUUGUGGGAGAAUAUGCUGAAAGAAUUGACAAUGCAGAUGAGUUACUAGAGAGCUUUCUGGAGGGUUUUCAUGAUGAAAGUACCCAAGUGCAACUCACUCUGCUUACUGCCAUAGUGAAGCUGUUUCUCAAGAAACCAUCAGAAACACAGGAGUUAGUCCAACAGGUCUUGAGUUUGGCAACACAGGAUUCUGAUAAUCCUGACCUUCGAGAUCGGGGCUAUAUUUAUUGGCGCCUUCUCUCAACUGAUCCUGUGACAGCCAAAGAAGUAGUCUUAUCUGAGAAGCCACUAAUCUCUGAGGAAACAGACCUUAUUGAGCCAACUCUGCUGGAUGAACUAAUCUGCCACAUUGGUUCUUUGGCCUCUGUGUACCAUAAACCUCCCAAUGCUUUUGUGGAGGGGAGUCAUGGGAUCCAUCGCAAGCAUUUGCCAAUUCAUCAUGGCAGCACUGAUGCAGGUGACAGCCCUGUUGGCACCACCACUGCACCCAACCUGGAACAGCCUCAGGUUAUCCCUUCUCAAGGAGACCUUCUAGGGGAUCUUUUAAAUCUUGACCUUGGUCCCCCAGUCAAUGUGCCACAGGUGUCCUCCAUGCAGAUGGGAGCAGUGGAUCUCCUGGGAGGAGGACUUGAUAGUCUGCUUGGCAGUGACCUUGGCGGGGGCAUUGGAGGAAGUCCGGCAGUAGGACAGUCCUUCAUCCCAUCAUCAGUGCCUGCCACCUUUGCUCCUUCACCUACUCCUGCAGUGGUCAGCAGUGGACUAAAUGACCUGUUUGAACUCUCCACAGGAAUAGGCAUGGCACCUGGUGGAUAUGUGGCUCCUAAGGCUGUCUGGCUACCUGCGGUAAAGGCUAAAGGUUUGGAGAUUUCGGGAACAUUUACUCACCGCCAAGGGCACAUCUAUAUGGAAAUGAACUUUACCAACAAAGCUCUGCAACACAUGACAGACUUUGCAAUCCAGUUUAACAAGAAUAGCUUUGGUGUCAUCCCAAGCACUCCUCUGGCCAUCCAUACACCACUGAUGCCAAACCAGAGCAUUGAUGUCUCCUUGCCUCUCAACACCUUGGGCCCAGUCAUGAAGAUGGAACCUCUGAAUAACCUGCAGGUGGCUGUUAAAAACAAUAUUGAUGUCUUCUACUUCAGCUGCCUCAUCCCACUCAAUGUGCUUUUUGUAGAAGAUGGCAAAAUGGAACGCCAGGUCUUCCUUGCUACGUGGAAGGAUAUUCCCAAUGAAAAUGAACUCCAGUUUCAGAUAAAGGAAUGCCAUUUAAAUGCUGACACUGUUUCCAGCAAGUUGCAAAACAACAAUGUUUAUACUAUUGCCAAGAGGAAUGUGGAAGGGCAGGACAUGCUAUACCAAUCCCUGAAACUCACUAAUGGCAUUUGGAUUUUGGCUGAGCUACGCAUCCAGCCAGGAAACCCCAAUUAUACGCUGUCACUGAAGUGUAGAGCUCCUGAAGUCUCUCAAUACAUCUAUCAGGUCUACGACAGCAUUUUGAAAAACUAAUAAACUGGUCCAGUACCCUCCAACCUCCCUGUGAUUGGUGCAAGCCAAGAACUCUUAACUGGAAGAAAUUGUAUAGAAUCUGAACCCAAACACACUGAGGCCACCCACCAAGGUAGUGACUAGUCUAACCUGUGCUAACAUUAGAGCACAACCCGUUGGAUAGUUUUAGCUUCCUGUGAACAUUUGUAACCACUGCUUCAGUCACUUCUCACCUUUUGCCACUUUCUGCUGCUGUCUGUCUUUACUUGUGGGCUUCUUCAUGCUGUGCCAACUGCUGGCUUUUUCUACACCCUCUUUUGAGUGUAGUUUGAUAUUUUGUAAUCGACAGCUCAUUUCAAAAGCAGAAAAAGACAAAUAUUAAUGCAAGGAAAAGUGUCACUGAAACAUAAACUGCACUUUAUUGUUUUAUAUUUUUGUACAUAUGAGAAGUUGAGGUAGUCUAACCUAUAGAAAGUGUUAAAACAAAUGAUCAUCAUUCACAGCAGUCCUAGAGAAAGAGAAGCAAUUACAGCCCACUCUAUUAUUAUUAUUUUUUUUUUUUUUUUUUGUGGUGCUGGGGAUUGAACCCAGGACCUUGUGCAUGCGAGGCAAGCACUCUACCAACUGAGCUAUAUCCCCAGUCCCUACAGUCCACUCUUUUAGAGGGUUUCUCAUCUGUGGCAACCUUGUCCCAGGUUUUGGAUAUUUUCUCUUUUCUUUUUUUAAUCUCCAUUCUCCUUCCUCCUGCAAGCCUUUGUGCCCCCGCCCCCAACCCUGUAUUAUCAUCUCAUUGAUGACUUGGCAGUUAGAAUGGUCAUCAUCACUGAAUGAUGUUUCAGGGUACAGGAAACAGAGGGCCUGUCAGCAUGAAAGCUGAGAGAAAUUAGGACUUACUACCUUCCUUUCCACUGUACUAACCCACUAAUAAGACUGGUUGAGGAAUUUGAGUAGAUACAAGAGAACAAGACCAAAAUGUCCUUUCCCAGCCCUGUAUUCCUCAGGUCCAGUUCACAUCUAAAACCAGUUUUCAAGUUGAAAUAGACUUUAAUGACCUAUCCAACUUUGUUUUUCUACAAAGGAGAAAGAUAAAAAGCAAAAAGGGUGUUAUUGCCAAGGCCUGUCAGCUGUUCAGUAGCAGAGCUGAGGCUGGGUCCCCUAAAUUUCCAUCAGUGUCGUUUUCACUGCAGGACUGUCUGAUUGCUGUUCAUUUCCUCAAUACUUUCUCCUGCCUUUCUCUGCCUGCUCUGUGGCUCUUCAUAUACUCAAUAUUGAUUGGCAUCAGGUCACAACACAGUAUCUUUUCAGUUAUUUGAAGGUACAUCUGGAUGACAGAAUGAAGGUAUAGCUGAUGUUUCCCAUGUACUCCUGGAACUGUAAUUCCCAACAUCAACAGGGUGGGUGCAGAGAUGAAGUGAGCUUAGAGAUGCUGCAGAUUCUCUUUUAUCCCUUCAGCUCUCUGAUCUGCUCUUUACUCGUAUUAUUCAGAUUCCAAAACAAAUUAAAAUCAUCCCAAAAGUUUAAGCAAUAUUUGUCAUCUCAAAAGACUGGAGGAGGGCUGGGGAUGUAGUUGAAUGGUAGAGUGUUUGCCUAGCAUGGGCGAACCCCUGAGUAGUGCAGUCCCCAGCAUCACAGGAAGAAAAGUAGGAGGGAGUGCUGGGGGAUGUGAAUACAGUAUGUACAACUGGUCAAAGAAUGCUUCACACCCAAAACACCAUACUACUUAGCAGUGUUCACACUGUGCACACUUCAGGUACUUGUUGCAUAGCCUGGCACCUGGUAUUCAGGGGGCAACAGUUCUGCUUAGAUUCCCCUGUGUAAGUCGGAGGCACUCCAGGGUCCACAGUCCUAAUAUUGAACUCAGACCUAACCCAUUGGACUUAUAGGAGAAUCAUGGAAAAUGAGCAGAAAACAGUCCCAUCGUGUCCAAAAUGACCCUGCUUCAUACCAGUUGCAAAACUUGGAGGGAGUGGGUCCUCCAAAGCAGUUUCUUAAACCUCGAGAUGCUUCUUUUAAGAAUUAGUGGUUGGGAGAAAUGAAAUACGUCCCUCACUCACCACACUUCAGGCACGUGAGGAGUAGGAAAUAGCACAGGAUGUGUGUGGGAGGUGAGUAGGUUGGUGAUGUGUGGGGUAGAAAAGCAAGUUGAUAAAGUUCCCUUGUUGGGACUCAUUCAUGGAAUCAUGGGAUACGAGUAGCGAAGAAGGUUCACACUACAAACACUAUGUUCUCAUCUAAAAGCAAACCAUGGUUCCAGAAGAAAGAGUAUGUGUCAGGGCAGGCAGACAGAACAUAAUUUUGUGCCAGGAUAUGUCACUCAACCCCUAAAACUGAGACUUCUCAGCCUUCCCACCAAGAACAGGAACAGCUGCUAUUCCUGGCCAACCUGACUGAGCCAAUCCACAGUGUCUUUGCUCCUCCUCCUGUCACACCCUGAGCAGUUAGGGAGGGACUCCACUUCACAUAAAAAGACCUCUUCUCUGGAGAGAUAGCCUGUGCCUCCACUACAGCUUCUCUUCCAGCCCCUUGUGGUUUCGGCCAGACAUAACAAAGGGCGAGGGAAGCAAACACACACCCAGAACUCUUGCUGGUCAGAGAUUCCCUGAGUGUCUGUCCUUACCCAAGCCUGUUCCGUGUGUCUGUGCUGUGAAGCCAGGACUGGAGAGAGGUGGGGGAAGGGGUAAGUGUUCCCUAAGAAUGCUUAUCAUUCUUUUGUUCUUAUUGGUAUCUGUUCUUGGGGAGGGUGGGAUUGGGCGA